UCGAAACCCAAAACAAACGUUUGUUUGCUACACGGAUAAACAUGUUCCUUCCAAUCUUGGUGAAGCUGUAAUGAAUGGUUUAAAAUAAUUUUCUAUUUGAAAUUUCUUAGAACUCGAAGUCAGAAAACUCAAUUGUGAUGAAUGAUAAAAAGGAAGAAUGUAUCAUUUUAUGCGAUCCUAAUAGGAGUGAUUUACCAGUUGCUCAAAGUUUAUACAAUGGUACUCAGAAAAUACUAAAAUAUACCUCAUUGGUAUGUCUCACAGUUCAGAAUGCUGCUUUGAAUUUAACUAUGCGAAUAGUUCGCACACAGAGUGAACUCUUUUUAUCAAGUACAGCAGUAGUCAUGGCUGAAAUAAUUAAGCUUUUGGCAUGCCUUUUCAUGGUUGGUGCUGCUGAUGAAGGAAGUUUUGGGGCACUUUUAAUAGCAUUGAAAAGGCAUAUCAUUAAACAGCCAUUUGAUACUUUGAAGGUUGCUGUUCCAUCGUUUGUAUAUUUGCUGCAAAAUAAUCUGUUGUAUGUUGGAGCUACACAUUUAGAUGCAGCAACAUGCCAGGUUACAUACCAACUGAAAAUACUAACAACAGCAGUUUUUUCAGUUGUGAUGUUGAAUAGAAGAUUACAUAUUCAUCAGUGGUUUGCUUUAUUUAUUUUAUUCAUUGGUGUAGCGCUUGUGCAAGUGGCACAACUGAGUAAAGACAAGAUAUCUGAUUCAAUACAUGAACAGAAACCUUUAAUUGGUCUCUUUGCCAUUGUGAUUGCAUGUUGUUUAUCAGGUUUUGCUGGAGUGUACUUCGAAAAGAUUUUGAAAGGCAGUGACAUAUCAGUAUGGAUGAGAAACAUACAGUUGUGUGUAUCAUCUAUUCCAUUAGGACUUUUUACGGUUUACAUAAUUGAUAACGAAGAAGUUUCAUCAAAGGGUUUCUUUCAUGGCUAUAACUUGCUUGUUUGGUUUGUUAUUCUUCUACAGGCCAUUGGGGGUUUGGUUGUUGCAGUGGUGGUUAAAUUUGCUGACAAUAUACUUAAAGGAUUUUCUACUUCCUUAGCUAUUAUACUAUCUUGUGUGGUUUCAGUAUAUGCAUUUAAUUUUCACCUUACAGGACAAUUUGUGAUUGGAGCUUCAUUGGUUAUAGGCUCUAUAUUUCUCUAUAGUAAGCCUCAUAAUCCUCAACUUGCACCUCAUAAAAAGUAAAUGUUUUUACACAUGACAAGUUUAGGAUAAUUUAACAGUAUUUCUAUUGAACCUUUCAAAGUUUGUAUUUGACAUGGAUACUUUGAUUAAGGUUUAUAUACAUAUAUAUAUAUAUAUUUAUACUGGAUGUCUGAUAAAUGUUGUGAUAAACUUGUAGGAGGUAUAGGGGACACAGACAAUCCGGAAUUACACAGCAUUGAAUAGUUGGAAAUACCUCCUUUGUAAGGUAUAGAAUGGUCUGCAAAAAGCAUAAAAUGUUUUCCUUUGAGUACUAAAUGCUUUUAAAGUUUAACUUAAAAGAUAAAAUCAACAAUGUUAAAUCACUGAACAUUGCAGUCUGCAUAUGUUUUUUACUAAUGAGGAACUAUUUUAUCAAAGCAGAAAAAGUCGUAUGUUUACUAUGCCGAGCAGCAGUCGCCAAAUAACUAUGCUUUGUUUUUUCAUUAAAAAGGUUUAUCUCUUUAAAAAUUCGUAGCAUUUAACAGAAAGACAAUGCAUGCAUUGAAUUAUACUUUUUCUAAGUGUGCAUUAUCCGAAAAAAAAACUUUUGUGCUUUCGGACACCAUUUGAAAACCUUCUACCGCAUACCGCAUGAAGGAGUUAUUUCCGACUUUGCAAUGCAAUGUGAUUCUGAAUCCCUCAAUACCUCCUGCAUAUUUGUCGCAACAUUUAUGGAACAACCUAAAAAUAAAUGUAUUGAAUAUUUUUGUUAUAUUUACACAUAACUACUGUUUAUACAUUCUUUAUUAAUUUCAAACUUUUGCCUGUUAUUGUGUUUGGUAAAACUAUAAAUGUUUGUUAUUCUAGUUAUUUUCUAUAACAGUUAUAUUUUUAAAUGUAAUUUGUGUUUCAUGUUUCAAGUGAAAGUUACAUUACAGAUAGUAAUGUAUGCACAUCUGCAGUUAACACAGAAAAUUUUCUUGACAUGUUUUUUUAAAAUUCUACAGUACAUACUUAAGUUUUAAAUUCUCAGACAAAAUAUAAUGCAAUAUGAAGCAAAGAUGUAUGUAUUCAAAUAAAAACUUGCUGUGAUGGUAUGGGUGGGGAACACAUAUUUUACCUUUGGAUUAGGUUUUGAGAAACUGAAUUUUUUUUUUUUUUUUUUUGGACAUGCCAUUGUAUUUAUCUGAAAUUUCCUGCUGCAUUCAAUAAAGAACUGUUUGCUUUAUUCGUUGUAAUAUUUGCACCUGUACUAUCUAAGAGCAUGUCAAAUGUAUAGUCCAGAAUUACCCUAAAAUCAUCUGUAUCAUAGAGCCAAUUUGACAUAAGUAAAAAAAUUGUGAUUUUUAUUUAUAAUCCUAUUCCCCAUCGAGCAAUGUGAAAGUAAUUAAAAAAAAAAAUUACAACCAUUUAUCGGCAUUAAAAGAGUGUGCGUCCCCUAGACAAGUUCCUCUUCUCUCCUGUAAAGCCGAGAUAAUGUGGCUCUGAGGUACAGUAAUAAUCAUUGAUAGUUCUGACCAUUUUAUUGACACUUGAGGGGACACAGGGGAUCUAAGAAUUUUCACCAAUGAUCCCACCAUCAUGCCCUGAAUUUUACUUCCUAUAAUAUGAUGAGUGUCAAUUUAACUAUGCAACAUUUAUAAUUUCUCAGUUUCACACAAAAAUAAACUUCGUUCUUAGGGCCAUCGAGAGUCAAGGCAAGCCCUCUCCUCCUUUAAAACUUACACUACACCAAUUCCGAGCCGGGCCCUUAGUUUACAACUAGGCAAACCUUGCCCAUUGUCAGCCCUGUUUUAUUAAUAAAUAUGCUCAUACAAAACAAAAUAAAAAACAUUCCUUACUUUUUUUUUUACUUGUGUUAUUUGAAUCGAUUAUUUCAAAGAGGGAGUAAGUCUAUUGGAUUCCCGUAAGACUUACGCCCUUUCUGAAAUAAUCGAUUCAUUUACAGCAGCAAUUUCAUAUAAGCUUGUAUGAUUGCUUUAUAUAGGUACAUUUCUGCAUUUUUCAUUGUAAUUGUUAUACAUCAUAACGUAACAUUAUUGAUAAAUUACUUUUUUUUAGCAUUUGAAACAAGAAACGAAACAUUAUUAAAUUUGAAUUUGUUCUGCAGGUUACAACAAUUAUUGUGAGCAGAAAAGUGGUUAAAACACUGAAGUUGGUUAAAAAAUCUAAAUCCCUUUCUCCAAACAAAAUUAUGCUUGUAACAACAUUGUAAGAAAUUGAAUUUAGGAGAAAAGUAAAAUAUUCAAAAAAAAAAAAACUAAAUAUUUUAUAGGACAUUGAAUGUUUUUAGAGAAAUGUUUCCUUUGUUUUAGUGAAACGUUUAUUAUUGUUGAAAUACAGUAUAACUUUGAUUUAACGA